UUUGUGGUCUGGGUUCUAACUAGUUUGUUUCUUUUAGGACAAUGGCAGGAAAAGUAAAAUGGGUGACUGAUAUAGAGAAAUCAGUGUUAAUAAACAACUUUGAAAAGAGAGGUUGGAUCCAGGUGUCAGAAAAUGAAGACUGGAACUUCUACUGGAUGAGUGUGCAAACUAUUCGGAAUGUUUUCAGUGUUGAAAAUGGUUACCGCCUCUCUGAUGACCAGAUUGUCAACCAUUUCCCAAACCACUAUGAGCUUACUAGAAAGGACUUAAUGAUCAAAAAUAUCAAGAGGUAUAGAAAAGAACUAGAAAAAGAAGGCAGUCCUCUUGCUGAAAAAGAUGAAAGUGGAAAAUACCUUUAUUUAGACUUUGUGCCUGUCACCUUUAUGCUCCCAGCGGAUUACAAUCUAUUUGUUGAAGAAUUCCGUAAAAAUCCAUCUAGUACUUGGAUUAUGAAACCCUGUGGAAAAGCGCAAGGAAAAGGGAUAUUCCUUAUCAAUAAACUUUCACAGAUUAAAAAGUGGUCUCGAGACAGCAAAACAUCUUCGUUUGUAUGUCAGUCCUCCAAAGAAGCAUAUGUGAUUUCCCUGUAUAUAAAUAAUCCGCUACUGAUUGGUGGAAAGAAAUUUGAUCUGCGUUUGUAUGUAUUAGUAUCUACUUACCGUCCUCUGCGGUGUUACAUGUAUAAACUUGGAUUUUGUCGAUUUUGCACAGUCAAAUAUACACCAAGCACAAGUGAACUGGACAACAUGUUUGUGCAUCUUACAAAUGUUGCCAUUCAGAAGCAUGGAGACGAUUACAAUCAUAUCCAUGGUGGCAAAUGGACUGUGAGCAAUCUGCACUUGUAUCUAGAAAGCAUUCAUGGAAAAGAAGUCACCAGUAAGCUCUUUGAUGAAAUACACUGGGUGAUUGUGCAGUCGUUGAAGGCGGUUGCGCCUGUAAUGAACAAUGAUAAACACUGCUUUGAAUGCUAUGGAUAUGACAUAAUAAUUGAUGACAAGCUUAAACCUUGGCUUAUUGAGGUCAAUGCUUCUCCAUCUCUUACUUCUAGUACUGCCAAUGACCGUAUUCUCAAAUAUAACCUUAUUAAUGACACCCUUAACAUUGCUGUGCCCCAUGGGGAAAUUCCAGAUUAUAAAUGGAAUAAAUCGCCUCCUAAAGAAGCCCUUGGAAAUUAUGAGAUUUUAUAUGACGAAGAGAUGGCUCAAAGUGAAGGGCUGGAUCGUGAUUUUAGAAGUCGCUCUGGACAGUCUAUUGGACUUAAAGGAACCCGUGCCAGGGACUCUGGAAAAUCAGGUCCCAUUACGUGGAAGUAAUUACAUAAUGGCUUGUAUUUCCUGAAUUUAAGGGCUGUGGUUUUGGUAGGACUCUCUUUUGAGAUUAUUUUGGAUGGUAUUCUUUUGCUGAGGAAGGAAAUGUUACUGAAACAUAAUUGUGACAAGGUGAAAGUCUAGACAAAACUGACUUAGUGGCAUAUACUUUUACUGAUAAAUUUGUUACAGGCUUACUGCCAGGUUGUUACGCUGCAUGUAGCAUUAAACAACAUCAUUAUUUCAUACUGUAAGACUCAGAAUAAAAAUAAUUUAAACUCA